AUGCCCUCUUCAGGCGCGGCCUUCUCGGCCGGCGCGCUGCGGGGGGCGCGCCCUCCGAGCUGCCCUUGUCACCGCGCUCGCAGGCCGCGCGGAGCGCCACCCGCACACUCCGCGCGCCUCGGGCCCGUCUGCGCUGCGUUCUGGGGCUCGAAGGACGGCGACGUGUUCGGGACGGGCGCCCGGCAGGGUGCGGGUCCGCGCGAUGCGUGGGACGCCGCUGGAGACGGGCUGCAGAUGAUGGAGAUCGAUCCGGCGACGGGGCGCCCGAGGCGCGGGGCGAGGGGAGGGAUGCCUCCGGGCGCCGCGGCGGCCGUGGAGGCCGCGCAGGUGGCGGGGAGGGUCGCGUCGGAGCCGGGCGAGGGGCCCGGCGAGCGCGUGCGGUUGUUCAAGGGCCUCACGGGCGACGACUUCCGCCACCCGCUCGACCAGCAGAACACGCAGCUCCUGCGCUCGCUCCCGGGCCUCGAGGCCAUCGCGAAGAACAUCAUGGGCCCCGUGGCUGAGCAGGUGCUCCUCCUGGAGAACAUCUCGACGUCGGUCAAGGUCGGGCCCGACCAGCUCCCGAGCGUCUGGAACAGCAUGCAGGAGGCCGCGACCAUGCUCGGCAUGGAUGCUCCAGACCUCUACAUCCGGCAGAACCCCGUCCCGAACGCCUACACGCUCGCGAUCGCGGGCCGCAAGCCCUUCGUCGUCGUCCACACCUCCCUGAUCGAGAUCCUGUCCGAGCGGGAGCUCCAGGCCGUGCUGGCGCACGAGCUGGGGCACCUCAAGUGCGACCACGGCGUGUGGCUCACGCUCGCGAACUUCCUCGCCAUGAGCACCGCCUCCGUCAUCCCCAUGGUCGGCGCCACGCUCGAGGACAACCUCCUCCGCUGGCUCCGUGCCGCUGAGCUCACGUGCGACCGCGCGGCGCUGCUGGUGGCGCAAGAUUCCAGGGUGGUGGUGUCGGCGCUGAUGAAGCUGGCGGGCGGGACGGCGAAGUUCGCGACGGAGCUCAACGUGGAGGCCUUCCUCGAGCAGGCGCGCUCGUACGACGAGGCCACGUCGUCGCCGCUCGGCUGGUACCUGCGCAACGCACAGACGCGCCAGCUGUCGCACCCGCUGCCCGUGAUGCGCGCGAGGGAGAUCGACCGGUGGUUCGAGUCCCAGGAGUACCGCGAUAUUCUGCGCAAGGGCCUGUGA